AUGUUAUCCGCUCUUUUCCUCGCCGUUGCGGCCCCCGCAAUCGCAACCGCCGUCAACGUUCCCAACGUCCCCGUUAGCGACAACACCCCAGAUGGCAUGGUUGUCUUCCCCCUCAAGGUCAGCACCGGCGGCCCUGUCGUAAAGGGUAUCACCAAGCGACAAAACGAAGUCCUUCUCGAGUCGCAGCAGAACGGUUUCUUCUACAGUAUCGACGUUACCCUGGGAACCCCCGGCGACAAAGUCACCGUCAACCUGGAUACUGGCUCUGCUGAGCUCUGGGUUAACCCCGUGUGCGAAAAGGCUCAGCAGCCUCAAUUUUGUGCCAACUUUGGACAUUUCGGAGAGAGCAGCACUUUUGUCGACUUGAAUACUACCGGUGGUGUUGUCUACGGUACUGGAUAUGCGUACUGGAACUAUGGUUACGAUCAUGUUGUUAUUGGAUCGGCGAGCAUUCGCAACCAGGUUUUUGGUGUCGCAUACGACAGCUCCUUCACUGGAGUUGGCAUCAUGGGCGCUGGUCCUGACCUGAACGGUUGGGAUGCGCCUUAUCCUCUGGUCAUUGACAGCAUGGUCAAACAGAACCUUAUCAAGAGCCGUGCUCUGUCUCUCGAUAUCCGCACACUUGACAGCGACCGAGGUGCUGUCAUCUUCGGUGGUAUCGACACCAAGAAGUACACCGGCCGUCUCCAGAAGCUCCCCAUUAUCCCCGCCGCGGAUUCUCCCGAUGGCCUCACCCGAUACUGGGUCAACCUGGACGCCAUCAGCCUCAAGCAAGAAGAUGGCUCUACCGACGCCGUCUUCUCUGGAGGUAGCCAGCCCGUCCUUCUUGACAGCGGUUACACCGUAAGCGCGCUGCCCGGCGCCAUCUUCAACAAGAUCGUCGACAACUUCCCUACUGCUAAGAGGACCGGCGGUGCUUACGUCGACGUCGACUGCUCUGUCGCUGACAUCAAGGGUACUGUUGACUUCACAUUCGCCGGCAAGACUAUCAAGGUUCCCUACGCCGACUUCAUCUGGCACAACGAGGAGCGCUGUGUUCUGGGUGUCUUCCAGGACGACGAGUUCCCCGUUCUUGGUGACACUUUCCUCCGCGCUGCUUACGUCGUGUACGACUGGGAUAACCGUGAAGUCUGGCUCGCUAACAACGAGGACUGUGGUACUAACCUUGUCGCUAUCGGAACCGGUCCCAAUGCUGUCCCUGAUCUGGAGGGUGAGUGUGGUUCUGAUGAGACCAGCACUUCCGCCAUCGAGACUGCUACUUCUACCGAGAUGGAGACUGUCACUGCCACUACUGAGGUCGAGACUGAUACCGAGUUCGUCACCGCUACUGUUACCAUGGAUGUUACUACUGAGGCGGUUCCCUCUGACACUACCACUGUCUACUUCUCUACCACUCGUUACUCCAACACCACCGUUGCCUUCACCGACAAGGUCAUCUCAUCUUACAAGCCCACUGGCGGCGACUACGACCUCCCUCCCAGCUACACCAAGAGCGGCUCUGGUGCCCAUUACAGCAAGCCCAGCGGCACUGACUCUGACUCUGCUCCUUCUACCACCGUCACCUCCACUGUCGUGACCAGCAUGGUCUACACCGUUACUGCAUGCCCUCCCAGCGUCACCAACUGCCCCGUCGGCCAAGUCACCACCGAGACCAUCACCUCUCUCACAACCUUCUGCCCCAGCGCCGACGGUUCUCCCACCGACAAGGCUGUUGCUCCUCAUCCCACCAACGGUCCUCUUACUUCCUACGUCACCGCCACCAACAUGCACACCAUCACCUCAUGUUCCGGAAAGGACGCUUGCGACACCAGCGUCGUUACCGAGAUCGUGCACAACACCCAAGGCGGAGGCGCUGAACCCACUGGCAUCUUCACUAUCCCCGAGGCUAUCCAGUGUGGUAACGGCAACUUUGGCUGCACGGAGGCUACCACUAAGGGUUACCGCACCAUCACCGUCACCAAUGUCGUCAAGGCUCCCAAGCCCACUCCUGUUCCUGGCUACUGCUCUACCUGCGGUCCUCUCGGUGAGGGCUUCACCAAGGUUCCCGGCGGCCAUCACACCGGUGACUCUAGCAAGCCUACCGGUGUCCAUCCCACCAACGCUCAUCCCCAACCUACAGGUGAAGCUCCCAAGCCUGAUUCACCCGAACACGGCGACGAGUCCCCUGAGCCUGACUCUCCCCAUGGCGGCGACGCCCCCAAGCCCAACCCCCUUGAGGAACUCCACACUUACCGCCCGACAAACGUCUUCCCCAUCAUCCCCACAAGCAACAUCGCAACAGUGGUGAAGCCCACGGGUACACCACAGCCCGAGGCUCCCACGGGCACACCCGUUGCCAUCAGCGGAGCUUCCAGCUGGAACGUUCCCGUUGUUGCGGCUGUUGUUCUUGGUGCUGUUGUUGCAGUGCUAUAG